AUGACGACUGAGGGGCGGCUCAAAUCUCAAAUCUCGGCAAACAUCUUCGUACAUGCGGGAAGCACAUCCCGGCCGGGGGGUCAACGCACAGAUCACGAACGGAACGUGAGGCGGAUAUCAAGUCCCGCGGAGACCGAAGGUGAAGUCAAGGUGUGCACCACCGCGGGAAGAUCCAGGUCCAAGGCAAGAUCCAAGUCCAAGGCGAGGCUCAAGCUCACGCGCAAGCUCGUGUUCUUCAUAACGGGCAACCCGGGCCUAGUGGCGUACUAUCGUGCGUUCUUGUCGCUUGUCGUGCGGGACCUCGAGCAGAUGGGCUGGACGGACGUCGUUGUGCUCGUGGGGAUGAGUCUUGGUGGGUUCGACGUGCAGAGGACGACGCCUAGUACGCAUGGGAAUGGGAUUGGGACGCAUGGUACCUCUGACUCUGACUCUGACGGAGAAGGGAAGAGGACGGGCAUGAAGAAGCGAGGACCAGGAGGUGCAGCGAGUUCAUAUUCAGAGUCAGGUCCAGAUUCAGACCCCGUCUCACACGCGAACGGACACGACUCGGAAGAACAAAGGUUACUCUAUCCUCCGACGUUCAAGCGUGGCAAUGUAAAGUUUUUUACGUUGCGCGACCAGGUCGAGCUCAGCUACGCGAGGGUGGAGGAUUUGGUGGACAGAAUGAGAAUGCGGCAGGAGCAGGAGCAGGACGGUGAGCCUGGGAGAAUGCAGCAGAAUCAGGACGGUGACCCUGUGGAGGUAGUAUUAAUGGGUCAUAGUGUUGGAGCUUAUAUCUGCCUAGAGUUGGUCAGAUUAUGGCAUGAACGGCAUCCACGGGACGGCAUGCCUCUUCGGCAUACAGCAGGACAAGAUCUUCAGACAAGCUCCAAUGCUCCGGCCAAACCGAUGCUCAGCUCGAGGUCAGCAUCAGCACCACCCUGGUCACCUUCGGCUUGUAUACUUCUCACGCCCACGAUCCAAGAUAUACAUCUCUCGCCCUCUGGGCUGAUAGCCACGCCCCUUCUCACGAACCUUCCGUUCCUGCCGAAUUUAGCUCAAAUCCUGGUUCAUUCCGUCCUCUUGCGGCUGGUUCCUGCAUCAUGGUUUGCCUCGCUCGUCUCAAGAUUAACGGGCAUGCAGCCGGGUAGCCAUGGGCUUGAAGCGACGUUGGCCUUCCUGAGGAGUGAGAGAGGUGUCGAGCAAGCUUUGCACAUGGCAAGCUGGGAGAUGAAAGAGAUUCGACAGAAUAGGUGGGGGAAGGAAGUUUGGGGAGCGAGUCAUGUUGCGACUCCGGUGGUUGCUGCUGAAGAGGAACUGUGCCCAAGUCCGAACCUCUUCUUCUGGUUCACCAAGGAUGACCACUGGGUUGCAGAGACCACGAGGGAGGCUAUCAUCGGGAGUCAAGCUCCAGGGACUGUUGUACGACGACGCCAUGUUGCUGGAUCUGCAGAGACAGCCGAGGCUGACGAGAUGGCGGUCCAGGUCAACGGCACAAAAGAGACCUCUCGUCCAAAGGACAAUCUAACAAUCCGUGUCCUGGAGUCAGAGGGACUGCUGCACGCGUGGUGUUUGGACCAGAGCGAGAUCGUGGCGAAAGGGGUUCGUCAGUGGUUGGAAGAACUGUGGACUGACGAAGCUUGA